AACAUCAUAGUAGCCAUGAUGGGUAAGCAUAGAAGAGGUGAAACUUGGUGAGAGGGGUGUUUGGGAAGAAAUUAGAGCGAAAGCUAGGAUUGGUGAAUUACGGAGAGAGAGAACCCGAUGUAACAGGAAAGUGCGGGGCCUGGAAUGGAUAUUUCACUUGGUUUCUCCCCACCCAAGCCCUCUCCCCAGGUCUAGUCACCACCAUCUCCCAACUCCUAAUGGCCCUUUGGGGCAGUUACUAACUUCCAGAAUAUCAGAAAUGAGCUGAACGAGGAGAUGACACACCUGGAGGUUCAGCACAAAGCCGACAUAUUCAAGCGGCAGAUUAUCCAGAGGAGACAAAACCUAAUCCCCGAGGCACAGAGGUCAGGUGUUAGCAAAAUGGAUGCCAGAGAUGCCAAUCAACAAGGGGAAUCUUUGGACUUAACUGUAGCUUCUAAAGAAGAGUCCAAACACAGUACCACUAAAGAGAGUUCAAGAGCAUCUAAGUCAAAACCAAAGAAGUCCUUGUCAAAAAUGAAGAAGUCUGCAUUUUCCUCUUCCUCCUCAUAUUCAUCUUCCUACUGUUCCUCUUCUUCUGACUCCAGAUAUUAUGACCCUGUUGUGCAGGCACUGAUGAACUUUGAAGACAAGUAAAGCUGACAGCGGAUGACUUCGCUAUCUUUGGCAAAAAUUAAUGAAGGGAAGUGUUGGAAAUGGAGAAUUCAAAGUAUAAAUGUCUAAUAAAUCCUGCUGAUAA